AUGGCACUGGGGCUGGUGCGCGCUGGGGCGUGUCUCCUCCUGGGCCUGCUGGUCUGCCCGGCUUGCACGCGGGCCUGCCUCAUGUGCUUCGUCACAGACAAGGAGCGCAUCCGCAUCUGCCAGAUGUUUGUCGGGAUGAAGGCCUGGAAGACCAAAGAGUGCGACGAAAAGUUCCAGCUGGCCUUCAAGGAUCUGCUCAAAACGGAAAUCAAUUAUGAUGAGCGAAACAACCUGCACGACUCCUUCACGCAGAUGGUGCACUCCCUGCAGGAGACAGCUGUGGCCAAGGGUGAGUGGGUCUAUAUAAAAGCAUUCUCCAAGGCUGCAGAAGAAAUGAAGAAGGCCAUUCUACAGCUUAAAAAAGUCCCGGCCUGCGUCCCUCCAUGUGGCGUCCAGGAGCUCACCCGGAGGUUCAUCUGCGACGGGUGCUACUCCCUCAUCUGCAAGCUCCCGCUGAACUGCCCAGUCAAGGACGUGACCGUCAACCGUGGGGACCAGGCUAUGUUUUCUUGUGUUGUGGACUUCCAGUUGCCGAAGGAAGACAUCUCCUAUUCCUGGAAAUUCGCCAAAGGUGGUGUCCGGACUCAGGACAUGUCCUACUUCCGCGACCUGCCGCGGGCCCGAGGGUCCGUGGCGCGGAUCCGCCCGGCGAAGCCCGUCCACGCGGGGACCUACUCCUGCGUGAUCCGACACGACGUGCGCCCCGUGGCGCGGCUCUACUUCUUCCUGAACGUCACUGGCCCGCCCCCGCGCGCGGAGACCGAGCUCCAAGUCACCUUCCGGGAAGUGGUGCGCUGGUCGCGGAAGGAACCGGAAGUGGUGGAGCCCUGGAAGCCCGGCCUGGGAGAGCUACUGACCAAUCCUUGGGCCCUGACAUGGGAGGACCUGUGCUUGCUGGCCGCCCUGGUGGCCGUCAUGGUCGCCAGCCUGACGGUGCUGGUGUGGAUGUUCUGUCGGUGGUAUUUCAGCGGCAUCUAGCAAGGUACUGGUCCCUCAUUCUCCUGUCUCCAUCCUUAAAAU